UUUAUUUAAAGCAAAUCCAAUCAUCGACCAAUCAGUGUUGCUUACAUGGACAUCUACUAGAGUUUUGUAUGAUAUUUUUAAACCUAUCAUUAAUUUUGUACUAUUUAGUCGUAAUCUUCUUAGAAAUGUCAAUCACUUGUUUACUGUUAGAUCAUGACAGUCAUCAGGUAAAGGGACUAAAAUGGGGAAGAGAGGGUUACCUGAGCUCGACUUCCAGGAGAAUUUAAACCUCCGUUUGCCGUGAAGAGAAACCCUAAAUAUACCUCACCUAAUCUGCUUAGGGGACUUGUGGUUGGAGUUAGUCUUUGUCCUGAUGGAAAGCACACAGCCACUCACACACUGACAAUGAUAAAGAGUCAGAGAUCAGCUUAAAAACUUGGUAUCCAGCAGAGCAGCCUGCUGCAUGCUUCCAAACCCACAGUCAUUCUGCAGUCUGGACUGUUUGGCUGAAACAUGAACAGGUCCAGCCUCCUAACCCUCAACUCCCUGGGAAAGCUCUGCGGCUCCGGUAACAGCAGCGACAUGGUGAUCCUGGACCGGGUCAAGAGGAAGAACUCUGUGAGGCGGAUGUCUAUCAUUGAGGACGGGCAGCUGGCCGAGGUGCUUUACCUGAUCCCCAAACAGUGCAUGAUGGAGCAGCUGCCCUUCAUCAACCCCGAGGACUACAUCCUCUGUGAAAAGCUGGCUGGGAUUCCUGCAGAGGUUUCAGUGCUGCAUGCCCCAGACAGCUGCCAGCCAAGUCCUCCAGCAGGAAAACAGCCCAUCCAGUGCUUCAGAUGUGGAGGACUGUGCAAAGGAGAGGCGCUGCGCGUGCAGAGCAGCUACUUCCACAUUAAAUGUUUCACAUGCAAAGUGUGUGGCUGCGACUUGGCUCGGAGCGGCUUCUUCAUGAGGAACGGCGACUGCCUCUGCCCGGUGGACUUCCAGCGCCUUUAUGGCACGCCCUGCACCACCUGUGGGGAAUUUGUGGAAGGGGAGGUGGUCACAGUCCUGGGGAAGUCCUACCACCCAGCCUGCUUUGUUUGCACCAUAUGCAAACAGCCUUUCCCUGCAGGGGACUACGUAACCUUCAGGGGAAAAGACUGCCUCUGCCAGCGCUGCACCGAACCCGUGUCACCUUCUAAUCAGAUCCGUCAUCACAGUGAUUGUUCGGGCUGCGGCAGAGACAUCAAAAACGGCCAGGCUCUGUUAGCCCUUGGAGGUCAGUGGCACCUUGGCUGCUUCAAAUGCAAAGCUUGCGGGAGGAUCCUGAGUGGGGAGUUCAUCAACAAAGAUGGCUUUCCUUACUGUGAGAGGGACUACCAGACUCAGUUUGGGGUUAAAUGCGAGGUGUGUCACAGGUUCAUUACAGGAAAAGUCCUUGAGGCUGGUGAAAGACAUUACCACCCGGGUUGUGCGAGAUGCUACAGGUGCGGUAAAAUGUUUACAGAGGGAGAAGAAAUGUUGGUUCAAGGUGCAACAAUGUGGCACCCGUACUGCAAAGACAACGGCAGAACAGAGGAGAGCUUUAGAGUCAACAGAGCCAAGACGCCUUGCCUUGAUUUCUUUUUCCCCUCAAAUGAAUUAAAGCCCAACAGAUCAUCGUCUGAAAGCUCCUGCUCCAGGCCGGGCUCGUGCACGCCCAGCAGCCCCGGCAGAACCAUCUGCGCAAAAGUAGAUAAUGAGAUCAUUGAUUACAGAGACUUAGCUGCAAUUCCCAGAGUCAAGGCUAUAUACGAUAUAGAGCAUCCAGACAUGAUAUCCUAUAAGUCUGUAAACGUCAACUCCUCUGCUUUGGACGACAAAGGAAACACACAGAACAGAAGAAGCCUGACAGAGUCACCAGGAAAAAUGUCUGAAGCCACUGAGGAGAGUAUUGAAAUUAGACCAUGCGUACCAAAAUCUUCCAGCCAUGGAUCUUUUGGAGGUCAAACCAUAUGUUACCGACACAGCUACAGUCCCAGUCUAUCCAGUUCACCCAAACACUUCCACCGACCAGGUUCUACUUCUUUGCUUCAUGGAAACAAAAAUGUCACCUGCACUGCUUCUCCUUUAAGCCACCACUCUUUCUCUAAAACAGAAGCAGAUGAAGGCUUCGAUUUCUACAGGAGGCCUCCCAUUUAUAAACAGCAAGAUCCAGAUUCCUCCUCAUCCCAAACAGCCUCUUUUCCCGAAUACAACCACAACUUCCUGAGUUUGCCUCAGUCAGCUGAUUACUGCCACACCAGCCAUGAAAGAUUCAACUUUAAGCUCACCAGCGAUGGUCAAGUCCCACUAACACGAACGGAAAGAGGAGUGUCUAUGCCUAAUUUAUUGGAACCUAAAGUCUACCCGUAUGAGUUGCUAAAAGUCACAAACAGAGGUCGGGUGAAGCUUCCCAAGGAUGUUGACAGAACAAGGCUCGAGCGCCACCUGUCUCCAGAGUCAUUCUCUGAAAUCUUUGGGAUGAAAAUUCAAGAAUUUGACAGACUUCCACUUUGGAAACGCAACAACAUGAAGAAGAAGGCAGAUCUUUUUUGAAUAGUGUUUGAAACUGACAGUCUGUUACCACAUUACAGUGAG